CGUCACCCCCGGGUCACAUCUAUGCGGCCAUGCGGGCCGCGUUUUGCACGGGCACAAGAGCCCAUUCAUUUGAAUGGACUCCCGUGCCUGUGACACGCAGGGAAGAAGUCCCUGCACUACUUUGGAAAGCACAGCCCCCACAGGAAUCUCGGUUCCCAGUACGGUUGCGUUUUGAAAUGCGGGCGGCGUGCCAUUAGAACUAAUGGCACCCGCCCGCGGGUCCGCAUUUCUCUGUGCGGCUGCUUGGAUUUUCGUGCGGAUCUACAGCGGCACCACCCGCACAGAUGUGAACCUAGGGUGA